GCUCGUUCCCGGACAUAUCGGGGAACAGAUCGUCGUCUGGUUGGCGAGGGAUCGUCCGGUCAGGUCGAUUGACAUUCAGUCGAUCCUCCAAAGUCUUUCUUGUCAGUGCGUUUUGAACGGAAUCCUCACGUCUCUCUCGCCGCUCGCGUAGGUCGCACGUCGAUCUUCUUGUUCUCUUCCUUCUCCUCUUCUUCCUCAGCCUCCCGUUCCCCCUCAUUACUUCUUUUUUUUCUCUCCCUCCUUCUCUCUUCCUCUCGCGCGGCUUCUUCCCCUCUUUCUUCUCUCCUCCCACAAUCUAUCCUUCUCAGCUUGCUCCUCGAACGGUAGACGUAGUAUUUCCUGGUGAUCCGUGAUGCGCACCACGAGGCUCUCGCGCUGAUGCGCACGGAAGCAUCGCCAAUCCCUUCGCGAUAAGAAUCUGAUGAAGGAUCAAGUCAUGGGCCGCACAGGAUACACGUGCAUCAGGCACGUCUUCUGUUCCCUCAACGUUCUGAUUUGGUUAUGCGCUUGCGGAAUUUUGGGUGCGGGACUUUGGCUGCGAUUGGCUUAUUCCGGAUACGCGACCUUGGUGCCACAGUACAGCUUUGCAUCGGCGGACUCGCUGUUGCUCGCCGCGGGAUGCGUCACGUUCGUCAUCGCCUUCUUCGGAUGCUGCGGAGCGUGGUUUCAGUCUAGAUGCAUGCUGAUCACGUAUUUCAGUCUGGUGAUACUCAUGUUCCUCGCCGAGUUUAUGCUGGGCACUUUGGCGUUUGUGUUCCGAGAGCAUGUCGCGAGAAGCCUGAAGGACGAAUUGCUGUACGGCAUCGAGAAGCAUUACAAUGACACGAGAGAACCGGGAACACUCCCGGCCAUGUGGGACCACAUACACACGGAGUUUCACUGCUGUGGCGUACGCGACUACACGGAUUGGUAUCAAAUCGAGGCAUGGCCCGAGGAGGAUCGGGUGCCGGAUUCCUGCUGCAUACAACGGGAACGAUACUGCGGUCGUCUCGAUUCGGAGGGUCGCAAGAAAGAGGGUUGGUACAAGGAGGGAUGCAUGUCCGCCAUACAGAUGUGGCUGGUCACCAGACUCCACGUGGCGGGCACGGUGGGUCUUGUCGUCGCCUUCCUUCAGCUGUUCGGUCUGGUGGCCAGCAUGAUCCUCUUUUGCACGGUCAGGCACAAACGGUCAUCCCACACGUACAAGAGCUACGACACCACCAAUACCUAGAAUUUCAGCUCGAUCUUAGACGAGACGACUGUCUAAGAUCGAUAGCUUUCUCUCGUAUACUCGCGAAUCUCUGACUCCCGUUGCACGCAGCGGGAACGAAUCUUUUUUUUUUUUUUUUUCGAGAUCGUCGGGAUCGUCGACUUUCCUAGAAGGAUCUUGCCGAUUUCGAUCGCGCCAAAUAUAUAUUUGUAAAAGUAAGCGGCAA